AUGGCCAACCUAACGACAUCUGCGCACCCUUACUACCCCGUUGAGGCCCAGCUCGUCGGGUAUCUGGCAAACAAAUGGUCUGUGCCGUUGCUCGUUGGUGGAUUCGCGGUGUCUUGGGGCUUGAUCUUGCUCGUCACGUUGGCCGUGGUGUCAUAUGUUCGGCCGAAUUUAUCCAAGAAAGACAAGGCCGCAGUGCUGUGGUUUGUUCUGAGUGGAAGCAUUCAUCUUUUCUUCGAAGGAUACUUCGUCGUCAACCACACCCGCAUGGCACCUGCGCAGGAUCUGUUCGGCCAGCUCUGGAAGGAAUACUCGCUAUCUGAUUCGCGAUACUUGACCUCCGACCCGUUCGUGCUCUGCAUGGAAACCAUUACUGCCGUAAUGUGGGGGCCGUUGUCGUUUCUCCUUGCCUACUUAAUCACCAUGGAGUCGCACCUUCGUCACCCAUUGCAAUUACUUGUCUCCGUUGGUCAAAUCUAUGGCGAUAUCCUCUACUAUGCCACCAGCAUGUUCGACCACUACCACAACGGACUGAGCUAUUGCCGCCCAGAAGGAUACUAUUUCUGGUGUUACUACUUUUUCAUGAACUUCAUUUGGAUUGUGAUUCCAUCUUACUGGGUCAAUAACAGCAUCUGCGUGAUGUCAAGAGCGGUGAAGGAAGUGAACGAAAACGCCAAAGUGCGCAAGCUGAAUUAG